AUUUUCUCUCCCUCAAACUCCUCUGUUCUUCCAAUUCUUCCGCUUCUCUUUUAUCUUUUAUCUGAUUUUUUUCUUUUUAAUUUUUGAAUCGCUACGAGAAGAUUCAAUUCAAUUUGAAGCGAGAGAAUGGAUUGUUGGUCUGCUGAUCUUCUUCUGUUUGGCGGCUAAGAAAUUAAGAUUCCAAAAAGGAGGAAUUGAAUUCGCGAUAUGAUGAAAUCUGAAAUUUCUGACUUUACUGAAUCAGUUUGUUGAGAUUAUUAGUUCUUUUAGAUAUCUAAGAGAUUUCAAUCUUUGUUAAAUUGUAGUGUCAUGAUUAAAUCUUUUCUUGUUUUGUUUGGCGGCUGAGAAAAUUGAUUUCAGGGUUGUUAAUUUGAUUGAAAGACACGUGAUAAACAUUUUGUUGUGCUUGUGGCAGGUAGGAUGCAGGUUUUUGAUAAAGAAACAAUCAGAUUGGUUGAGUACUCUUCUCAGGAGCAAAUUCUUUGGUUCAUGUGCUAAUCAUGAAGACCUCAGGAAGAACGAGAAGAACGUAUUCUGCAUCGACUGCAAUCAUGGAUUUUGCAGGCAUUGCAUCAAGACUCAUUGUGUCCACAGGUACCUUCAGAUCCUCAAAUAUGUGUACCAUGAUGUGGUUCGACUUCAGGACAUGCAGAAGUAUCUUGAUUGCUCUAAAAUUCAGACAUAUAAAAUCAAUGGUGAAAAGGCUGUACAUUUAAAUCCUAGGCCUCAAUCCAAAGAUACAAAACCAUCAACAAAAUCAAAAACUGGUACUGCUUGUGAAGCUUGUGGAAGAUACCUACAAGACAUGCCGAAUCGCUUUUGUUCCAUUGCAUGCAAGGUUUCUGUUGUGUCUAUGAAGCCUAAAGACCAAAGAAAUGGCAUGUUUAUCUCAAUACAGAAAGUUGCUGAUAUUUCCUUGAAAGAAAACUACCGCCCUGAAGAAAUAAGUACGGAUGAAAAGGAGUCAUCACUCUCUUCAAUUGACAUCUCUGAGGAGACUGGAGUUUGGUUGAAAUCAUCAACCUUAAAGCCAAGGAAGCAAUUACACAAAAGAAAAGGCAUUCCUCGGCGAGCUCCUCUCUGUUAAUGAUGCUGCCAAAGCCACAUGGUUCCUUGGAUCAAGUUUGGUCAACACUGAGGUAUGUAGCAAUAAAUCUAUAGCUAUAAUAAUCAUGGAAAUUUAGGAGAAAGUUUUGGUUUUUAGUUGGGGUUAGUUGGGAGGUCAGCCCCACAAUGUCGAGUGAGACUGAAUUCUUGUGGUUGUACAGCAAAUGAGAGAGAGAGAUGGAGUUGAGGUACGAUUCAUCUUUGAAUCAUUUCAUGGGCAGAUCUGAUUGGAUAUCUUUCAAUGAUUUUGUUUUUCUUUCAAUGGAAAAUUUUUUUUUUAGUAAUUAAUGGUUGAAUGGGAU